UUGUCCCGCGAAUCCACCGGACCAGGCUCGAGGCCCAACUCCCAGGUGCAAAGUUGCUCGCCGUGAGUCAUUGACUGCCCGUCUUCUGCCGGUGCUCGUGCUCACCUUCUUGAAUCUGCUCCGGUCUUGUUUUUCUCACGCGCACGUUGAGCCUAGUCUCCACUGGCCGCUCCGAUCUGCAACUUUGUGUGUUCUCCCUUGCAUCCGAAUAGUCCGUUUCACUGUGUCUUAGUUGCAGCUUGCUUUAUAUGGAGUGUGUGGUGCAGGGCAUUAUAGAAACACAGCAUGUCGAGGCCCUUGAGAUUCUCCUACAAGGUCUAUGUGGUGUUCAUAAAGAGCGAUUGAGGAUCCAUGAAAUUUGCCUCAAGAGUGGUCCCAACCUUGGAGCUGUAUCUUCGGAGAUUAGACUCUUGUGUGAUCUUGAGCAGACUGAACCAUCAUGGACCGUCAGACAUAUAGGGGGUGCAAUGAGAGGUGCUGGUGCUGAGCAAAUUUCAGUUCUGGUCAGGACAAUGGUGGAAAGCAAAGCAAGCAAGAAUGUACUCCGCUUGUUUUAUGCGUUAGGGUACAAGUUAGACCAUGAAUUGUUGAGGGUGGGCUUUGCUUUCCAUUUCAACAGGGGUGCACAAAUCACUGUAACUGUGUCAUCAAUCAAUAAAAUGCUGAAGCUGCAUGCAACUGAUGAGGCUGUGCCAGUAACGCCUGGUAUUCAGCUGGUUGAAGUAACAGCCCCUGCUACUUCUGAAACCUAUACGGAGAUUGUUUCUGCUGUGUCAUCCUUUUGCGAAUACCUUGCACCGCUUCUCCAUCUAUCAAAACCAGGCAUCUCAACUGGAGUUGUUCCUACUGCUGCUGCAGCUGCUGCGUCUCUUAUGUCUGAUGGUGGGGGUACCGCCUUGUAGCUUUCUUGUUCUGUUGUAAUGCCCUUUAUUUCUACUACAUUUUUUAAUGAAUCAUAAAUAGGAUUUUGUAUUCUUUUUGCUAUCUAGAAAAUAGAAAUAUGACAUCUAUUGCAAUAUUCAAUUGUUUAUUUUAUAAUCAAAUGGUGUAGCCUUGGUUUGGCCCAGUUCAUUUUUUAA